UCACACACCAUGAACGCCGCCCAGCUCCUCCAGGACUCCCUCUCCCCCAACCAGUCUGCCCGAGAGUCCGCCACCCAGCAGCUCGAGGCGGCCGCCAGAGACAACUUUCUCGGAUACCUCCAUACCCUUGCCACCGAGCUCGCCAAUGAGAGCCAAAGUAUAGACGUCCGGUAUGCUGCGGGUCUUGCCUUCAAGAACGGUAUCGCUGCUCGGGACACUGUCAACCAAGCAGCUCUCACCGAGAGAUGGCUCUCUCUCCCAGACUCGGCCACAGAACCCCUCAAACAUCUUGCCCUCUCCACUCUUGGAUCUCCCCAACAGCGAGCGGGCGCCGUGGCUGCUCAGUGUGUCUCAGCCAUGGCCGCCAUCGAGCUCGAGGUGGGCAAGUGGACCGAUCUGAUCCCCCAACUUCUCGAGUUUGUGCAAAAUCAGGAAAACACUGGGUUGCGGGUUAGCACUUUGCAGGCGGUCGGUUACAUCUGCGAAGUCAUCCAACCACAAAUUCUUGCGGCCAGGUCGAACGAGAUCCUUACAGCAGUUGUUCAAGGUGCCAGAAAAGAGGAGCCCAGUGCCGACGUCCAGCAUGCCGCCAUACAGGCCUUGUACAACUCUCUCGAGUUCAUCAGGGACAACUUUGAACGAGAAGGCGAGAGAAACUACAUCAUGCAGGUCGUCUGCGAAGCCACUCAAAGCCCUUCAGUGUCUGUUCAGGUUGGCGCCUUCGAGUGCCUCGUUCAAAUCAUGCACUUGUACUAUGAGAAGAUGGACUUUUACAUGGAGCGCGCUCUGUUCGGACUCACCAUCAUGGGUAUGAAACACUCUGAGGAGCGUGUUGCUCUUCAAGCUAUCGAGUUCUGGAGUACGGUUUGUGAGGAGGAAAUCGAUUUGACCGCUGCUGCUCAAGAGGCUAUCCAGUAUGGUGACCGACCUGAAGUUGAGUCCAAGGGCUUUGCCAAAGCUGCCCUUAACGAUAUCCUUCCUGUCCUUCUCGGCCUCCUCUCUGAGCAAGAUGAGGAUGACGAUGAGGACGACUGGACAAAGGCCAUGGCCGCCGCUGCCUGUCUUCAGCUUUUGGCUCAAAACAUCGGCGACGAUAUUGUCGGCCCCGUUGUGCCUUUCGUCGAAGCCGGCAUCACCCAGCCCGAGUGGCAACGGCGAGAGGCCGCCGUGAUGGCCUUUGGAUCCAUCCUUGACGGACCCGACCCCACUACAUUGGGUCCCCUCGUCACCCAGGCUCUCGGUGCCCUCAUUGGCAUGAUGCAAUCCGACCCCAGCUUGCCCGUCCGAGACACUGUCGCCUGGACCUUGAGCAAGGUCACUGAGACCAUGCUCGAGAUUAUCGACCCUUCCAUGCACCUCCGAGACUUGAUCACUGCUCUCGUCAUGGGCCUCACUGCGUCUCCUCGAACCUGCAACAGCUGUUGUGCCGCCCUUAACAACCUUAUCCUUCAAAUAUCUUCUCUGCCCGAGCUUCCCGAAGACUCUCCCACCAACUUGAUGUCCGAGUACUACUCUGGCAUCCUCAAGGAGCUCAUGCCCAUUGCCGAGCGGCCGAACAAUCAAUCCAACAGCCGAAGCGCUGCCGUACAGACCAUCGCCACCUUCCUCUCCUCUUCCGCCAACGACACUCUUCCGGUCGUGCAAGAAGUUGCUGUGGCUUUCAUUGCCAGGCAAGAGGCCCUUCAGGGUGUGCACAACCAGCUCGUUGGCAUGGACGACAGGAACAAUUGGAACGACAUGCAGAUCAACAACUGCGUUGUUCUCUCUUCCUUCAUUCGUCGAAGCCCUGCCGCUGCUGCGCCUUUCGCCGAUAGGAUGAUGACCAAUCUGAUCAGCCUCAUCUCUACCUCUGGUAAGCAGUCUGGUGUUCUUGAGGAAGCCUUCGCCACCAUUGGCGCUCUCGCUGGAGCGCUUGAGGCUGGUUUCAACAAAUACAUGGAUGCCUUUGGCCCCUAUGUCAUCACUGCUCUCAACUCGUACGAAGAUCACUCUGUUGCCCAGGCCGGUGUCUUUAUCACUUCCGACAUCGCCCGAGCUGUCAACGAGGCUCUUCAGCCCUACGCGGAGAACAUCAUGGGUGCUCUAAUCGAGUUGCUUCGAUCGCCUGUGGUCGCCCGACACGUCAAGCCUUUCGCCAUAUCUGCGAUUGGUGAUGUCGCUAUCGCCAUCGGUACCGAGUUCAAGCCUUACCUCGAGGCUACCAUGACUAUCCUUGGCCAGGCCGGAUCUACGACCGCUCCCGCUGGUGACGAGGCCAUGAUUGACUUUGUGCAAAACAUGCGGGAGUCCAUUGUGGACGCCUUUAUCGGUAUCAUGAACGGGUUCAGGGACACUGAGGCCAACGUCAUCCUUCCCUACGUUGGCGGUAUUCUUGGCUUCCUCCAGACAUGCUGGGCCGACGAGGAUCGUUCAGAAGGUUUCUGCACUUCGUCCCUUGGUCUCAUCGGCGACUUUGCUAGCGUCUUCAAGACCCAGGUCAGCGAUGACAUUACCAAGGUUUGGGUGCAGGAAGCCAUUUCUGCCGGCAGGAACAGGAGUGCUUCCAAGCAGUCCAAGACCAACGCCGCCUACGCUCAACAUGCUCUCAAGGAGUUGUUGAAGUAGACCGCUCCUUGUCUUGUCUCUCCCGGGCACUCGCUUCUCUUAUCAUGUCUCACAAAGUUUCUUUCUCUCCAACUGCAUGGCUUUUAACGACAUUUACAAAACGCCCCCUUCAAUUUCUAGUUCUCGAAUCUAUCAAUACACAAAAGUAGUAUCUUUUUUGCCGCGCUCUGUCGUCCGAGGACGUUCAAUCGCCGCAACACCCACAUUUGCAUCUAAAUCAUAGAAUGACUUCUCCUUUUACUUUUUCUUCUGCAUAAUUCACUCUUAUCCAUUCAACCAUCUUUUUUUCUUUGUCUCAUUCAUUCAUGGUACUUUUAUGGAAGUGUAAGAGGGUGUAUGAGGGGGCUGAAAUUUCAGUAUAGAAAGCAGAUUCUUCGCCGUUGUCAUUGUGGAUGUAGACGUUCCGACAAUCAUGCUCUUGGCCUGCUUUUGGCUUCCCGGUUCUCCACUCGUGUGAUCCUCGAUGCUACGUAUAUACCCUGGUUCACAUUCUCUUGUUCAACCUCUUUUGCAUCCGAUACAACAUUGCUCUCUACCUUCUUCAUGUUUUGUUGUCGGAUACCACAUCACUGGUUUGUAUUCAUCACAUCAGUCACAUUUUAACGCUUGAAUGUCGCCAUCAAUUGAUGAGUGACUAGAUCAUAUAUAAUAGCAUUGUUUUUAUCCGAGGCAUGUCAUUAUGUGCAACUCGA